CAUCCUUCUGUGUUUGAAUGAGGGAUUGCUCUUUCCAGGACUUAAAAUAGGGAGAGAGUUUUAACAGAUUUGAAAAUGGAACCUAGGACCCUAAGUCAUCACACAUUUUUUGAAAGAUGUGCUCUGCAUCCGUAUCAUGUUACUGCUCAGCUGCAGGACUUUUCUUAGACUAUCUGAAAGUGGAUCUGAACUGCUGUGCUCCAAAGAGGGGUUAUUUUAAUAUUGUGCUGAAUGACUGACAAUGAAACCUUGUUGCUUUAGUUAGGCUGUGAGCACUGUCACUACAGGUCUUAAGAGUUUGAGUAAGCAGAGUUUGGUUGCUGAAGUAAAUUUUUACUAUUUUGGAGUUCACAGGGUUUAUUUUACUGUAAAUCCUAUUGGUGUCUCCCUUCCGAAUUUCACUGGGCACAUGAAGCCAGGACAACAUGCUACCUGAAAAUCAGAAGGUUACAGAGUGUUUUCUGGAAACAGUCACUUUAUGGGCCAAGAGGACAAGUUUAAGCAGAAUGAGACAUCUUUUAGAGCAAACAAGUCUUGCCUAAUUGAAUCAGAAGCUCAAGAAUUUACAUGGCAGUUCAAAUGGUAAUACACAGAAACUCAGCAACCUGCUGGCCACAGAUCCAACUGGAGAAUGGUUCAAGAUUCAUUUCAACUCUGAUGCAGAACUGCUGAGCAGUACAAGACUGCAGAAUGCACUUCAUCUCCCAGCUGCACACAUUUGGUUUGAGGCCAGACACCAGGACUCCUGGUCUUAAGAGGACCAGGUGUCCCAGUGAAAUUACAAAUUUUAGCUAUUUGGUUUGGUUUACAGAUCAGGCAAGAAAAGUCCUGAUUUUUUGCAAGCAAGUAAUCUGUGCACCCUUUCAAUACAGAAUGCUGUCAGAGGGACUUUCUCAGCCGGAAACUGCUGGAGCAAGGCUGUCUCCUGGGUCACCACAGCCCUCAGCAGUCAUUUUCUAGCUGGACUGACUAAAAGACAAAUCAAUGCAUCCCAUAGACUUGUCAGAAAUUACCUUUGUUUGUUUUGUGUCUGACCAUUUGGUUUUACUUCUAGGAUCAAGGGUACUGGGAUUGAGACAUGGUGCAUCCUACAAAGUGUUCCUUUAACUUGGGCCAUCAGGACACCUUGUGGGGAAUCCACAGUGGCAGAUGUGCCAGCAAAAGUUAGAGGAGCUCAAUUAGCCCAUGGUUUGUCUUUGCUCUGUCAAACCUAAUGAAUGAGACAUAAAGAUGCAAAGGUGAUUAAAGCUGAGGAUGGAAAUCCAGCUCUGCACCCGCUACACUUGAAAAGUUCUCUAGGGAAAAAAAUAAACAGGAAAGAAAAUAUUACAAUGCAUGUUUUUACAGACAGUGAUGGCUCUGAGACCAGGCAGUGUUGCCAGGAGUCACAUGCAUUGGGAAUGGGCAGGUUUCAGACUGCAGCAUAAGAAAAACUGGGAAAUCAGUGCUCCAUGCUUGUAACAGGGACCCUGGGCUUUGUUUCCCAGUGAUGCUGGCCUCUCAUGAAGACUGCAGCUGUGAUAAGAGGGUGUAAAAUACCAGUAUUAUCCCUUCCUAAAAAUGAUACAUGUGCUUUAUAUGGAUGAAAAAAUCAUCAGAUAAAGUAGAAAGCAGGAGAGAAAAGGAUCUGAAGAUUUUCUUUGUCAGCAAAAUAUACCCUUCCUUUGGCCACCACCCCAAGCCUGCCAGAGUUCAGGGAGUGUUUGGACAAGGCUCUCAGGCACAGGGUGGGAUUGCUGGGGUGUCCUGUGCAGAGCCAGGCAUUGGACUUGCAUGAUCCUAUUCUAGCUCAGGUUAAUCUGUGAUUCUGUGAUAGUCAAGUUCAGCUUCAGCAAAGGCACAGAGACCUUGAAAUGUCACCCGGCACAAGCCAGGGCCUAGCUUUGUCGUUCCCAAUUAUUUUGUAGCUGAGCCUGUCUCCUGAGAGCAAUCAAUAUUCACAUACAUCACUGACUCCGACUGAUCACCUGCCUCAAGGCUGCCAGGGGCUCCCCUUCACCUCACGGGGCUCCUGCUGGGGAGUCUGCAGUGUCCCAGGCCUCGUAUUGCACCUCUGCUGCUUAAUGUGAAACUCUGUCACACUGGGUGUGCUCAGUUAAAUCAUGCUUCCAGGUACUCUCCUCAUUAGCAGAACUUCUCAAAUGACACAGAAGAUGCAAGGCCUGUGCUAUGAGAAGCUGACAGACAUACUGACAAAAGUAUUUGUAUAAACUUAGCUGUUUUCCUCUGCCUUAUAUCUUGAUAAGUUCUGUGAAACUAAUUGAGAUAAAAGUCUAAUCUGUCCAACUCCAAAGGAACUGAAACAGCUUCAUUGAAAAAUGAGGGGAAACAAUUAGGGCAGUCUGAGCAAACAGAAGGGGAGGCAAAUUAAGAUGGUCAUAAGUUAUAAAAAUAGUAUAAAAAUAGUGAGUAUUUGGGCUUGAGGAAAGGAGACAGUGAAACACUGGGAAGCUGUGGCCAUCUCACUUUUUCCUCAUCUUUAACACAUCACCUAAGUUCUUAUCUUGCUCCUACAAAUACUAUUGCCCCCCUGCAGGAGGCACACACCCUCCGCAGGUAAAUGUGAUCAUCUGGAAGUCGCCUCAGUGAAAAACAGGAAGACCUAAUGUUCCCAUCUACGUGUCACUGCAAGAUCAAUGCUCCAGCCUGUGUGCCUUGGUCAGCAGUAUUCCCACUGGGAUAAAACCUGCAGGAGCUGGGGCUUCUGUCCCUGCUGCAUGGCUUACCUCUCCUUUUGCCAGGCAGGAGCAUUCUCUGCAGAGGUACAGACAGAGGUUAGCAUGUGGGUCACUCAGUAAGAGGUGCCUUGGCUUUGCAGGGUGUGCACAAAAAGAGCUGUGGCCACCUGAAGCCAAUUGUCCCCAAGUAUCGAGGUGCCCCGACAAGCACCCGGCGAUCGUGCCACCAAGGAAGUGGCUGCAAACCUCUCAUUGCUCACUGAUGAGGUCCAGAACUGUUUUUACACCUUCUUCUCUAAAUAAGGAAGCUGCCUGUGAGGCCUCUGAUUCCCUGACCAAUUUGACUCCUUUGCUUCCCACAGCCAAUGAAAUCCUGCCCCCAGUCUUGGCUGAUAGCACUCCAGCCUCAGCAGGCAGGGAGGACACAGGUUUGUGUUACAGCCCUGGCAGCCUCACCUUGGGCAGGCUGUUGAUGUCAGAGUGAUGAUGUGGGCAGGGACAGCCCCUGCACUAUAAAGAUGGCUCAAUCAAAUAUAACGGAGGCUGCCCAGCAGGAAGCAGGAGCUACAAACCAUGGUCCCCACCAGUUGGAGUCCUGCUGGCCUGUCUCUGCUCCCAACUCAACUGCUAUCGGGCUUUAGUUUCAGGUCAGCAAGCUCUAUUUGCUUUCCAAAAAUAAGCCUCUGCCACCAUGCUGAAGGGAGAAAAACAAGAAGGGCGGUAUUUUUAGGGCCAUUAAUUCUGACCACGUGCCCAGGAGGUGAACCGGAUGGCCACGGCACAAAGACUUCUCAUCACUAUGUCCUGCGACGCCAGCGCUCACCGGACGUUGCCUGCGUUCCUUCUCCUGGGUUUGCUAGCCGGGAUUGCUGCCACACACCCAGUUGUAAGCAGAACUAAUGGCACAUUGCUGGAAAGAGGAUGGCAAUCUCUGCUGUCCAGGUCCAUGGCUGGGAUGUCAGGGGAGAAGGCAGAUGUGAACUGGGAGAGUGACUAUUUGCUAGGAAUCAAGAGGCAGCGGAGGCUUUACUGCAACGUGGGCAUCGGGUUUCACCUUCAAAUCCUCCCAGACGGAAGGAUAAGCGGAGUUCACAAUGAAAACCAAUACAGUCUCUUUGAAAUAUCCACUGUAGAAAGAGGUGUUGUAAGUCUGCUUGGUAUGAAAAGUGCCCUCUUCAUUGCCAUGAACAGCAAAGGCAGGUUGUAUGGGACGGCUGUUUUCCAAGAUGAGUGCAAGUUCAAGGAAACCUUGCUGCCCAAUAACUACAACGCAUAUGAAUCCAAUGCUCACCGUGGCGCUUACAUAGCCCUGAGCAAACACGGCAGGGUGAAGAGAGGGAACAAGGUGUCUCCUGCCAUGACGGUGACCCACUUCUUACCAAGAAUAUGAGCACCAGCAAGAUAGAAGAUUAAAUCCCAUGACAAACUGUUUCAUUUUGCACACGGGGAAUAACCUCCCAGGUAAAGUAUUUAUACUGGCCAUUGGAAAAAAAAAAAAGAUAUCUCUAUAGGUAUGUGUAUAUUUGGAUAAAAAUAUUUGUACUAGAUUCAUCACAUAGCAUAUGUAAUACAAUGCUGCUUCUCUUCUACUCUGUACAAAUUUUACAUGGCUGUGUGCCUCCUUUGGUGCUGUACAGAGAAAAAUGCAAGCUGGAGUGCAAAAAGUUUUUGGAAGACAUGGAAUGGCUGUGGGCAACCAUCUAAUCAAUCAUAGGUGAUUUACUAAAUAUUAUUUACCUCAGAUAAUAACCUCUUUUAGUGAACUGUUUACAUAUCAUGGGCCAAAUCACCAGAUGAUUUUGCUUCACCAGAGCUUCAGGCAGUUCACUCCAUCUGAAUAUCUGCCUGCACCCCCCUCUACAGACUGUGUCCUGUCCUGUUAAGUCCUCAACCUGUUUUGAUCACUAAGGUGCCAAUUCCGCAAGUGUUUCUACACAAGUAAACUGUUGGUUCCUUCUGCCUUUGAAGGGAUUCUCCAGGGUCUCCUCACAUGGACUGGUUGGCAAAAUGAAGACCUACAAUCAAUUUCCCAUGGGAAGGGCCACAGGAUAAAUCAUAGAUGGGUCCCAAAUGCAAAACUGAUUUGGAGCUGAGGAUUCUGAAUGGCAUUUUGUGAGUUUAGUUUAGACUUACCUCCAAUAUAGAUGUGUACAUCUUUAAUAUUAACAUUUGUAUUUAUAAAGACAUGAGAUGGAUGAGUGUGCAUCUAUGUAACUACAUACUUUUAAUGAAUCAGUCAUGCCAGUCUCCUGAUGCCUAGGUGCCUUUAUACAAAAGAAAAGAAACAUUUAAAGGCACUGUAUCUCAUUUAGCCUGAAUGUUGUUGAUCUCUAAGAAUGAGAACUGGUGUGUGGGAUGCAUUUUAUAAAAGAUAAGAAAUUCAUGGAAUCUUCCAGCGAAGGGGUAUUUUAGAAAACUCUGUUGAAUUUUCACUGUCUUAUGUAUAUUUGGUUCUUCUCUAUCAUACCUCCCUGAGGUAUGAAGGACAGAGAAAGGAGGCUACACAAGCAUACCUUCCCAUGCUGGGACAGAGGAAUUCGUGCCAUAAUUCCAAUUUCUGUCACUUGCAAAGCAUCGGUUUCAAAGACAACACAGCAAGCUGUAUGAAACACUCUUCAAAGCUCUCCUUGAAGCAGUACAAAUGACACAUAACCUUGCCUUGCUAUUUUGACAACUCUUUUCCAGAUCACCAAUGAAGCUGCAUUCUCUGUGCCUUUGAAAGAGUAUUUUAAGAGGCCCUAAGUCAAUAGUCACUAUAAAUGUCAGUUACCAGAGGCCUUGGGAUUCCUGCAUUGGUGGCGUGCUCCUAAAUUUGAAACUAGAUUCAAUGUAAUGUCAGAGCAUGAGCAUUUUCAGCAUAGAUGGACCAUGCUGCUGCAGAAGUGAAUAUCUGAGUGCAAGAUUAUCUCCUACGUCCAGCAAAAAUGGGGCUAUGUCCAGCCUUGACAUGCCAUUCUAUUUGCAGGGGCUGCCUAUUCGUGAUGAAUUUGAGCCUUCUGACAUGCAUGAGAGACACUGUCAGGGCCAGAUCCUCAGCUGGAGUAAAUCAGCCCAGGAAAACUAUCAGUUUAUAGCUGCAGAAGAUUUGGCCCAAAGGACAUACCCACAAGGAUGUACCCACCGCCACCAUUCCUGAGAAACUGUCAAGGCAAUUGUUUUGUGAUCAAGAUACAGUUUAGCAGCAUCUCUGGUGUGACUUAUACUUGGAUUUAUCUGGUUCAAAUGUAAGUGAUGAUCACAGUGUAAAUGAAGAGAAAAAAAAGAGUGGAAUGCUGCUUACAGUACAGGAAUGGGAUACUUUAGAGGAUGCUUUGGAAGGAAAGGAGUUGAAAGGAAUUGCUCUUCAUUUUCUAGUCUUGCAGUAUUUCAGACAGAUGCCAAGAUGACACACUUUGUUCACCCACGACGUGUGCAGCAGUUUGCUUUGGAAAAAUGUGCAUUUGAAGUGAAAAAUCAGGAUGUUUUGAGUGGGGAGAGAGUGGGUCAAAGAAAAGUUUGGAGGGUAUCAGGCAGCACAGUGGCCUAGAGUCCCUAGAGGUACAGAGAGCAGUGCUGAAAUACAUUAGCUGGCAACCUGUAUCCUAGUGUUAUAUUCCUGAUUGUCUUUGAAAUGAAGUUUGAAGAAGUAUGGAAGAGUCCAGGGAUGUAGAAGAAAACAGAGUUCAAAUGCAACAACACAAAUUUGUUUCUGAUCACAGCUUAAUCCAGCAUUCUUAUGACACGAUAAAGUCUGUUCCCUCUUAAACCAGGGCAGCCUAGAGAAAGUGAUUGUUGCCAGGACUGGUAAGCGUUGGGACAGCUGGCACAAAAGGUGGGAAUCAGACUCACUGGCUCCAUUUUGCACACACUGGUCAAGCGAGGAUAACCUGUAGACCAGGUCACAAGAAGUCAGGACAAGAGGGAAAUGGCCUCAGCUGUGCCAGGGGAGGUUCAGGUCGGACAUCAGGAAGAAUUUCUUCACUGAAGGGGUGGUCAGACAUUGGAACAGGCUGCCCAGAGAGGUGGUGGAGUCACCAUCCCUGGAAGUGUUCAGGAAAUUACUGGAUGUGGCUCUGGUCUGGUUGACAAGGUGGGGAUUUGUCAAAGGUUGGACUUGAUGAUCUUGGAGGUGUUUUCCAGCCUCAGUCAUUCUGUGAUUCUAUAAAUCUGUUCAGUCACAGCUUUCUGGGCUGAGACUAUUCUUAGGAACUGCAGACCCUUUUGGAUGCAGUUUUGGUGGGCAUUUGGAGAACCCCAUCAGUCACUUUGCUGAGUUACUCUUUACAUCACUGUUUUUUUCCUCAUUACACCUCAAUGCCUGCCAGAUCAACAUGGAAAUCACAGUGGAAAUCAAAGAAGGGUAUGUGACUAUAUAAAGAAACUCAUGAAACUAAAGGAAUUUCCCAAAUCAGGGCUAAAUUAGGAACUUCAAAACAUAUCUCAAGUGUGCAUUAACAGGGGUCAUGCCAUGAGCUGAGCUUUGAAAGCAUUGCUGUGAAUGCUCCACAGCAGCCUGUCAUGCUCACAUUUUGCACAUAGGAUUCUCCUGUGGAGUUAAUGACUAUUUUUACAGUUUCUCCUUCCUCAGGCAAACCCCAUAACAUUCUAAGACUUAAUUCACCUGAUUAGAAAGCAGAUUUGGCUGGAACUGAAUCAUGAUCUUAAAUAAAUGUUUUUUCCCAGACAUGCAGAGACACAGACACACACACAGUGGAAAAGCAGAGUAAUAUUUGUAUACCUCACUAUUUCAAUUCCAAGAUUUUAUUUUGCACAGUAAAAUGGUGCCAAAGUUCUCAGAUAACUUUUUUUCACUAAAAUAUACCUCAUGUUCUGACUCAAUAUGGACUCACAAUUGAAACUGUAAAUUUGCAAGAAACAUAAAACUGUCCAAUCAAUUGUUUGUGAAAUUGCUUCUAUUUUUAUAUCUAUGUGCUGCGCACAAUAGUUUAAUGUAUUCAUAAAAUAAAAUUUUAUACAUUUUUGGUCGUGUUUUGACUCUAAAUCCCUCUUAACAUUUGUUUUUUUUCCUUGAUUCAGAAAUGCUGUGUUAACUCCUCCUCAAAACCUAGUUUUUAUUCACCUCUAGAACCAGAAUAUGUAUUGGUACACUUCAACAUUUUUCUAGACCUUUGUAUAAUUCAGAUUUCUUGCCUGGGAAGUGUCCAGGUGUCCUGGGACGCAUGGGCACUUCCCAUGCUCCCCUCCCACUCUGUGCUCUCAGCUUGGGGGAUGAAAAAUCUCCCAGGAAUUUUGGGGACAAGAGAUGGUGGAUAAGCCUCACACCCCUAUGAAGAAUAGGAAACAUUUUGCUAAGUUUACAUCAUUUUCUGUUUUCUCACAGGUAAUUUGAAACUUAAUAAUAUCACUGUUUCUAUGGAGACAUUCAGAAGGAAAAGCAAUGUUAGAAGGCUUGAAUCCAACCUCUUAGAUGAGUGCAGGACCAACUUCAAAGCUAGGCGAAGAUGUAUCAGGAAGAAUCCCAUCUACCCAUCUCCUGCAACAGCCCCUGCAACAACUUCAUGAUUCAUUAAGCUCUUGUUGAAACUCUGGAUAACAACUCAAAGUGGAUCAAACAGAAAAAUAUCUCAAAUGGGUCCCCAGAGCAGCCCACACUUUGCUGAGAGUCUAAGAAGGCUUGGCAUCUUUUUUAGGGUCUUGACACAAGACACAUUAGUCCUGUGCAUUAAAAAAAAGUGUCCCUCCUGCUGGAGCUCUUACCAACACAAAUGGCUGCAGAAAUCAUCUGAAGGAGUCAGUACCAUGAAGGGAAACCAAAAGAAAAAAAAAAAAAAGGGAAAAAGUAGGCUUUCUGAUAAUUCACAUGUACAGGAUAAGCUCAGCUGCAGACACACAAAGCUCAGGUCCAUGAGCUGUGUGGCUUCAGCCGAGACCAUGUUCAGAGCAAGGGGCAGCACCAGUGACAGUGUUGGGAUCCAGCACCCCACCUUGUGCUGGGCUGAGCCCCCAGUUUGGGCAGUAGGUGAGGAGGGAUUCUGCCCCUCUGCCCUGCUCCUCUGAGACCCCCCUGCAGAGCUGCCUCCAGCCCGGGGGCCAGCACAGGAAGGACAGGGAGCUGUUGGAGAGAGUGCAGAGGAGAGGCAUCAAGGGGAUCAGAGGGAUGGAGCAGCUCUGCUGGGAGGAAAG